UCUCUCUCUCUCUCUCUUUUUCUUUCUUUCUUUCUUUGUCUCUCAAUUCUUCAUCGACCGACCCUAGCCUCCACUACUCUUCGAAAUUGCAUAUUUUCACCAUUAAACCACUCGUUCUUAAUAGGAUGCUGCCACUUUAGGGGGGUCGGAGAGAAAGAGGGAAGGGACUCCUAAUUCAUCCAUAAUACUACUCUUACCUAUACCAAGGACUCCUUUUCCUCUUUCUUUCUUUUUUUUCUUCGAAAAAAAGAAACACAAAAAGGGUCUUCAUUGGUUUCUAUGAGGAAGGUUUGUCCGAAUUUUGACAAAGAAAAUGGGCUGGAUACGGUGUUGGAGGUUCCUAUCCCAGAAGAAAUGUUCACCAGCAUGGGUAGCAACGCCCUUCUAAGGUGGCAAAAUCUACGGUCUUUGAUGAAAGCACAAUCCAUUGAGAAUAUUAAUAAGCUUCCAUCUUGUAAUAUAUCCCAUCUCUCUUCUGGAUCCAAUAACGAGUUUAUGGCUUUGCUUAAACUCGUUGGCUCUCCUCUUAUUCCUCUUCAGCUCCAAUCUAGCGACGCCCUAACUCGUCCCGUUAAAACUGGUUCCAUUGAAGCUUCGUCGGCAAAGUAUAUCGUGCAACAAUAUUUGGCAGCAACAGGGGGAGUAGGGGCAUUGAACUCGAUCAACAGCAUGUACGCAGUGGGACAGGUGAAGAUGACUGGGUCAGAAAUGAAAGAAGGUGAUGACAGUGUACGGAUGAAAGGGAAGGGUGAGGUGGGUGGGUUUGUGCUUUGGCAAAAGAAUCCUGACUUGUGGUACUUAGAACUCGUCGUUUCGGGCUUCAAAGUCAGUGCCGGCAGUGAUGGCAAGCUCGCUUGGAAUCAGUCUUCUUCUCAACCUUCUCAUGCUAACAAAGGUCCCCCUAGACCACUCCGUCGCUUCUUCCAGGGAUUGGACCCCAGGUGCAUAGCCAGCUUGUUUCUUGAUGCUGUAUGUGUGGGAGAGAAAACCAUUAACAACGAUGAUUGUUUCGUACUGAGGCUCGAGACGGCCCCAAACAUACUCAGGGCCCAAAGCACGGCCCAAACUGAGAUAUCUCGCCAUACAAUGUGGGGAUACUUCAGUCAACGCACUGGGCUCCUCAUACAGUUUGAAGACACCAAACUAGUUCGAAUGAAGCCCAUUAAGGGAAACGACAGUGUAUUUUGGGAAACGACAAUGAUAUCGUCCAUAGAGGACUACAGAUACGAAGAUGGCAUUAACAUAGCGCAUAGUGGUAAAACCUCAGCCAUGCUUUAUAGGUAUGGAGAAGCUCAUAAUCACAAGAGAAGGAUUGAGGAAACAUGGAAGAUUGAAGAAAUUGGCUUUAAUAUUUGUGGAUUGUCCAUGGAUUGCUUUUUACCUCCUUCUGAACUGAAAAGAGAAUAAUGUGCGAGACAGUUAGUUUUUUUUUUUUUUCAUUUACAUUGUUAUUCAAGGAGUACAUGAAAUGUAAAUAUAUGUUUUAGGUAAUUAUUUUGUUUAAGAGGCUGUUUUUAUUUUUAUUUUUUGGGGUUUGGAGGUAAUUUUGUACUUUGAUAUUGUGUACACCAUUUUACAAGGUUAAAAAAGAAAAAAGAAUGUAGAUCAUUAAUUGAAAAAGUAAAAAUACGAUUGAGAAA